AUACUAUAAAGAGAGCUCUGAGGUUGCAGAGACAAUGCAAGAACUUAAACUAACAGGCUCCAUAGCUGCAAAGGCAUUAAAAGACGUAUUUGGCUCUGAGACUACAAUAGCAGUGCAAGGACCUUUUUUGUUAGUUUUCAGGCUCUACGUCUGUAUUUGCAGUGCAAGGACUUUAUGUUCUCAAGUAUUUGGCUCCACGGCUGCAUUUGCAAUGCAAGGACCUGGCUUAU